AUAAAAUCAAGACACGUAAGAAACAUUACAAAAUUUAGUUUACAAAUUUAAUUUAUAGAGUAAACAAGUUUCUUCAAUAAUUUAAUCUCUUGCUUUUUCCAGAAAAUUUCCGACUUCUGGCCUGUAGGGUUACCCGAAAAAGAAUUCCCAAUUCUUCCAAUUUUUUCCUCCUCUAUUUCUAUCUGCGAUUGAAUUUUGGUCUACAUCUUUCUCGAUUAUGGCUACUAGAGGCGGUGCUGUUCCUUUCAGAUCAAGCGAUGGAUUGAGUACUCGACAGGUGGGUAAUUCGGAUGAGGUACAAGUGAGAAUUGAUCCCUUGCAUGCCGAUCUUGAUGAUGAAAUCUUAGUUCUUCGAUCUCAAGUUCACAAACUUAGACAUGUAGCGCAAGAGAUUCACUCGGAGGCUAAAUAUCAGAAUGAAUUUAUGGAUCAGUUGCAAAUGACUCUUAUCCGGGCUCAAGCUAGUCUGAAAAACAACAUGAGGAGAUUAAACAGCAGCAUCGUGCGAAGUGGUUCUAACCAUGUAAUGCACGUUGUACUUUUCGCAUUAUUCUGUCUCUUCUUGGUUUACUUCUGGUCCAAAUUUUCCCGGCGUUGAGCAAGCGAGAAGCAAUAUCGAGUGGUUAAAAAGUUUCAGUUGUAUAUCCUUACCCGGCCAUGGAAAUCGAGUUUCAGUAUACCUCUGAUCUCUUUGUGUUUCGUAACAAUCUGUUCGAAGAUAUCUUACUUGUCUUAUUGUCAACGUUUGCAGAUUUUAAUAGAAUUAAAUUUGAUUCGCCUAA